AAUGUUUGAUGUGAAUAUUUGGAUGUACGGUGUAAGAUUUUCCUGGAAGCAACCAUAUGCCAACGUUUCACAGCUUACAAAUUUUACAGACGGUCUCGUCGACAAGUGGACCGUAUUUAGUUGGGACCACAUUAACUUCCGGUACGCCACUUGUUUUGAAAUGUGAAGCCGGAUGUCCGCGUCUGUCUUCCUGUCGUGGACUUGAUGUGGGCUGAAGAGGGAGCGGCUGGUGGUCGAGCUACGUUCGCGCGGAACCGGAGAGAGCGCGAGAAGAGCAGCCGACGGCUGGAUGACGAGAUUAGGUCAAGAUGCGUGAAUAUAAACUGGUGGUUUUAGGAUCUGGCGGCGUUGGCAAGUCUGCUUUGACAGUCCAGUUUGUUCAGGGAAUCUUUGUAGAGAAGUACGACCCCACAAUAGAAGAUUCCUACCGCAAGCAAGUGGAGGUGGAUUGCCAGCAGUGUAUGUUGGAGAUCUUGGACACGGCAGGCACAGAGCAGUUCACAGCCAUGCGUGACCUGUACAUGAAGAAUGGUCAAGGCUUCGCUUUGGUUUACUCCAUCACGGCUCAGUCGACCUUCAAUGACCUUCAGGACCUGCGAGAGCAAAUCCUCCGUGUCAAGGACACAGAUGAUGUUCCGAUGAUCCUGGUGGGCAACAAGUGCGACCUGGAGGUGGAGCGUGUGGUGGCCAAAGAGUCGGGCGUGGGCCUCGCUCGCCAGUGGAACUCGUGCGCCUUUCUCGAGACCUCCGCCAAGAGCAAGAUCAAUGUCAACGAGAUUUUCUAUGAUCUAGUGAGACAAAUCAACAGGAAGAGUCCAGUUCCUGGGAGAACUCGCAAAAAAUCCACUUGUCAACUCCUCUAAUGGUCGUGUCACAGCUGUGCUUACCUGUACGACAUCAACCAAGCAACCAAUCAGAGGACUUCUUCCAACUUGCCCCGCCCCCAGCUACAUGAUCAUCAUCAAGUUGGAAGUCUGUCGCCAAGACAACCACAUCUACCAUGCUUCCCCGUCCUCUCCUCUGUUGCCUUGGAAACCAAACAUCAAAAGACUGUCAUGAUGAUGAUGAUGAAGAUGGGCUGCCCAGAUGUUUCUGCUUCUUGUUCUUGUCUUUUUUUUUUUUUUUUUUUUUUUUAGUCUUUCAGACUAGAUGCGCAAAGUUUUGAUGUCACGACCAACAUGGCUGACUUUGAGUGUGCGUGUGUGAGUGUGUGGCUCUAGUCGUACAGCAUUUGUGAAAUGUUGCAUAUUUUGCUCAUGUGAUUUUUUUUUUUUUUUUUAAUUUUAUUUGUUUUUUUUUUAGGGGGAGAGGGCGGCAAUGCAGCAGCAAUAGUUUUUACCAUAAGCUCACUGUGUUAGCACGCAGCUAACCUCAGCACCU